CCGCCUCAGACAGCUUUCAGGCUGUCCCUCCUACAACUCCCACAAGGCCCCUCGGCCCCCGGGCCGCGGCCCUGCCCGGGGUGGGGGCGGAGGCGGAGGCGCGGGAGUUAUGGAGGGGGCGGGCUCUGCAGGGAAGUGCGUCAGAGGAGGCGCGGGGAGAGUAGGGUGCUGUGGUCUGAGCUAGAGGGUGAAGCCGGCUGUGCAGGAGGAUGGGCGUAUGCAGGUGAUAGACUAGAGAACAAGACCUCUGUCUCCGUAGCAUCCUGGAGCAGUCUGAAUGCCAGAAUGGAUAACCGUUUUGCUACAGCGUUUGUUAUUGCUUGUGUGCUUAGCCUCAUUUCCACCAUCUACAUGGCAGCCUCCAUUGGCACAGACUUCUGGUAUGAAUAUCGAAGUCCAGUUCAAGAAAAUUCCAGUGAUUUGAAUAAAAGCAUCUGGGAUGAAUUCGUUAGUGAUGAGGCAGAUGAAAAGACUUACAAUGAUGCACUUUUUCGAUACAAUGGCACAGUGGGAUUGUGGAGACGGUGUAUCACCAUAUCCAAAAACAUGCAUUGGUAUAGCCCACCAGAAAGGACAGAGUCAUUUGAUGCGGUCACAAAAUGUGUGAGUUUCACACUGACGGAGCAGUUCAUGGAGAAAUUUGUUGAUCCCGGAAACCACAAUAGCGGGAUUGAUCUACUUAGGACCUAUCUGUGGCGUUGCCAGUUCCUUCUGCCUUUUGUGAGUUUAGGUUUGAUGUGCUUCGGGGCUUUGAUUGGACUUUGUGCUUGCAUUUGCCGAAGCUUAUAUCCCACCAUCGCCACGGGCAUUCUCCAUCUCCUUGCAGGUCUGUGUACACUGGGCUCAGUAAGUUGUUACGUUGCUGGAAUUGAACUACUCCACCAGAAACUAGAGCUCCCUGACAAUGUAUCGGGUGAAUUUGGAUGGUCCUUCUGCCUGGCUUGUGUCUCAGCUCCCUUACAGUUCAUGGCUUCUGCUCUCUUCAUCUGGGCUGCUCACACCAACCGGAAAGAGUACACCUUAAUGAAGGCGUAUCGUGUGGCAUGAGCAAGAAACUGCCUGCUUUACAAUUGCCAUUUUAUUUUUUUAAAAUAAUACUGAUACUUUCCUCACCUCCUUCUCAGUUGUUUUUAAUUUUUAUUUUAUUUGUGGAUAUACCAUUUUAUUAUGAAAAUCUAUUUUAUUUAUACUCAUACACCACUAAAUACACACUUAAUACCACUAAAAUUUAUGUGGUUUACUUUAAGUGAUGCCAUCUUUCAAAUAAACUAAUAUAGGUCUAGACAGAAAGAAAUGGAUAGAGACUUGACACACAUUUAUGAAAGAUAAUUGGCAGAGGAAUUUGACCCAAACAAGUUCUGCUAAUGUCUGUUAGUUUUUUUUGUUUUACUGAAGUGUCUAUCUAUUCAACUGAAAACUCUCUAAUAAUUUCUCUGGGAAACCUCUCAUCAUUGUCCAAACUUCAUGUUCACUUUGCUGUUGUAGAUAGCCAGUCAGCCAGCAGUGUUAGUGCUGCUUUCCAAGACUUAAGCAUUAUAAAAUUGGGAAAUUAUCUAAUAUCAUUUUCCCUAAGCAUUGGCACAUAGCUUCAUCUGAGGUGAGAUAUGGCAGCUGUUUAUAUCUGCACUGGUGUCUGUCUACAAAAAGUGAAAAAUACAAUGUUUACUUGAAAUUCUCACUUUGUAACUGCAAGAAUUCCAAUUCAGCCAGACAAGGAUUAACAUUAUUAUUUUUAACUCUCCAUAAAAUUUUUAGUACCACCAAAUCAUUUGGGAUGUUUUUCCUUUCCUCUUCACAUACCAGGGUUAUUGAAAGUGUGCUUUCUUUUUAACUUAUGUUACAGUUACAAAGUAACAUUCCCCAACUGCUAUUUAGUUACUCUAGCCCAGUACCAUAAAGAACGGUUCACCGUAAUGACCCUCCAGAGCUGGGAAACCUACCACAAGAUCUAAAGUUUGGCUGUCCAUCAACCUCCAACUAUGGUCUUUAUUUCUUGUGGUAAUAUGAUGUGCCUUUCCUUGCCUAAAUCCCUUCCUGGUGUGUAUCAAUUUUAUUUAAUGUGUUCUAAUUCAGUCAUUUUUAUAAGUAUGUCUAUAAACAUUGAACUUUAAAAAAAUCUUAUUUAUUUAUUCCACUACUGUAGCAAUUGACAGAUUUUAAAAAAAAGUAACCUCAUAAUUUCUUACCAUAACCUAAAUGUCUUUUUUUAAAAAAUAAAAUUGAAAAUGAAAAGGACUCAA